UUUACAUAUCCAUAUUCAUAUUCAUAUUUGCAACACCUUCCACCAUUCCGCUGAUCGCUCUCCAUCACACCCACCCCUCACAUCCGGCUGCAAAAGCAAACCCAACGCAUAGCCCCGCUAACAACCAACCAACCAUUCAACGGCGUAAACAACGCUAGCAUCAUCGACCCAGAAGGAAGAGAGAGAGAGAAAGAGCAAAGCAAAGUAAAGAAUUGACUGGAUUUGCAGCAGUGGAAGAGCGGCAGUGGCACAAACCCUCUUUUCACCCCCUCCCCCAGAGAAAAAGAAAAAGCAAAAACCGAAGCAACAAACACUCAUUUCAAUAAGGAGUAUCGUUGCACUGCACCAGCCUCUUCCGCCCUCCCUCUCGCAUUUUGCGUUUUAUCAUCGUACAUGGUAGCCAUACCAUCCACCUCACACCCUUCAGAUGGGUCGCCGCCAGAUCCCUCGAGCCAGGACGCUCCACAUCAGAGACAACAGGGUCCCUUCCAUCGUCGACCACGUUUCCUACGGUCGAUUACCUCUCCUAUACCUGCACUCAGAGAAGCCUUCUCAUUCGACUCGGAUUCAUCAACAUCAUCAUCAUCAGUCGGCACCAUCAAGGACCACCAUCACCACCCCUCUUUCAUGGCAUCAAUAGCUGAAUCUGCAACAACAAUAGGUCCACCGGACACAUCUCAGGAACAGACCUUACAGGCUUUAACCCGCCCCAGAGUUCAUCCAGUUCAGCAGGAUCGGCAGCCAAAUGGUGAUGGCCAACAACGGUCGCACUCGACACCGUCUGUACCCCCUCCGUAUAUGGCCCAGACAAGCGCAUCCUCGUCAUCCAAGCCGUCAUCGAGUCAACAGCAGCCCAGGAGUUCUAUCACGGAGUCGCUCAAGGAACACCGGUGGUCCAAGGGUCUAAAGUUCAAUUGGAUGCCAGGGUUCGGGAGUAGUGGUCGCAAGAGUCCUGGAUUGGAGAGAUGUUCACAAUCCUCAUCGUCGAUAUCCUCGAGUUUCAUUAGUGCUGAAUGAAUUUGCUGCCAAGGAAAGAAGAGGAAGAGAAGGACGAACGAAUACCAUCGCAUCCAUACUCCCAUUCAUCCAUCGCAUCCAUUUCGUUCCGCUCCUCCUCCUCC